GGUUAUAUUUUGUGGGUUAGGCAACCAACAAAGCGUUUUAGUUCAAUCCGACAUAAACAAUCAAUAAGCACAGUUUUUCGUUAAUUAAUUAAUAUUUAAAAGUAAGAAAAGAUUCUCGUUAAGUUUUUUCGAAGAAAUGGACGGGUUUUCUUCUAAAAAACCAAAAAAUGAAGAUUUGGAAGUAACUGGAGUUUCAAGAAGUGGAAGAGUUCGUAAAAAAUCCUCAAAAUUAAUGGAUUUUGAAUCUCCAGAUGAAAUCGAUAAAAAUUUUAAACGACAACAAAUACAAAGGAAACAAGAAUCCCAUGAUUUUCAAGCGCGUCAACAAAAAGAGAAAGUUUUUGUGUCUCCGAAAGAAGAAUCAAUGCCGGAAGAAAAUGUUUCAAUGGAAUACGACGAUUCGUUCAUGCAAGAUUCUGGUUCGGAAUUUGAUGCGUCUCAAUUCGAAGGUCGAACCGAAUCGAGUGAGGAAUCUGCUGAUUCCGAUAGCGACUAUGACAACGAAGAGACCGCAACGGGUUUUCGACGGUUAGACGAGGGUCCCACAGGUCAAAGUUUGUAUUCGGACAAAAAAAAGAAAAAACGACUCAUUAUAAGAGACGGUAAAAUUGUAGGUCGGAAAGGACAAAAAGGUAAAUCCGAUCAAUUACAAUCUGGGGCAAAAGGUAAACCCAGUACAACAAAAAAAUCUCCUCAAAAAUCACCGCCUGCCCCUCUAGCAUCUUUUCAGCUUGGUUUACCCACAGUGGGGCACUCAACGGCAUCGCCUCCAAGCCCAAAAGGUAAAGACUCUUCAGGAAAAGCAAUUGGAAUUAAACCCAUCGACGUCGCAGCUCAUUUGAAACUACUUGGCGAAAAUUUAACUUUAAUUGGAGUACGAUUGAUGGAACAUGAUGGACAAAUUGCUGUUUCUGGGAGUUUAUCGGUUCUAUUGGACUCAUUGGUUUGCUGUUUGGGGCCUUUGUUGUGCUUAACCCAACUUAUUCCUGAGUUACAAGAAGGAUGUAUUACUCCAGAAGAACAUUUAACCAAUUUGGAUCAUGUUGCUUAUAUUAUGCCUGGUUGUUAAUUUAGAAAAUUAUGUAAAAAAUGUAUGAAAAUAUAUCAUUUUCUUAAAUUUGAAA